CUGGCCGGGCCCUGGGCCGGUGUUGCGCGCCCAGCGGUGACAGCUCUGGAGGGGCCGCUCCUUUCUGCCCCCAGCCCUCUGAGGUCGCCCCGUCCCCUCGUGGGGGCUCCCACCUGCUCUCCCACAGGGUGUCUGCUCCAGGGGCCGGCAUGGACCAGUCCGUGGCCAUCCAGGAGACGCUGGCCGAGGGGGAAUAUUGCAUCAUCGCGGUGCAGGGCGUGCUGUGCGAGGGAGACAGCCGACAGAGCCGCCUGCUGGGGCUCGUGCGCUACCGCCUGGAGCACGGCGGCCAGGAACACGCCCUCUUCCUGUACACGCACCGGAGGAUGGCCAUUACUGGGGACGAUGUCUCUUUGGACCAAAUAGUGCCAGUCUCGCGGGAUUUUACGCUGGAAGAAGUGUGCCCGGAUGGUGACCUCUACGUCCUUGGCGCAGAUGUGACAGUCCAGCUGGACACCGCAGAGCUCAGCCUCACACUGCAGCUACCCUUCGGUUCACACACCAGGAUGUUCCUCCAGGAAGUCGCCAGGGCCUGUCCAGGUUUUGACCCUGCGAACCCGGACCCUGAAUUCCUGUGGCUGUCUCGAUACAAGUGCGCGGAGCCAAAGCUGGAGUCUCCCACGCCCGGCGGGUGGAACUCGGCCCCAGGUACCAGGCCCGUGUGCGCGACAAUUGGUGGAGGCAGCUAUCCGUCUCGGAAGCGGGUGUGGGGAUUGGAGGAGGUACGGCUUGGGGGAGCGGGCUCUGUUCUGCUUGGGGGCGGGGCUAUCGCGGGGGAGGGGGGGCGGGAUGAAGAGCUUGAGGAAGCCGGCAGAGAAAUGUCCGCCACUGGCUUUCGGGAGCGCGUCUCUGCAGGUGGUUCCAACUUUGAUGAUUCAAGGCCGACUGGGAAAGGUCUGCUUGGGGACCAACGCUCGAUGGGUCAGGACAGACCAGACAGCUUGUCCAUAAGACAGACUAAAUCCAAGUCUGAAAUCACAGACAUGGUUCGUUCUUCUACGAUCACAGUGUCAGACAAGGCUCAUAUUUUGUCAAUGCAGAAGUUCGGGCUGCGAGAUACGAUUGUGAAAUCACUCCUGGCGCAGAAGGAAGGGGAGUACACCGACAUCCAGAACUUCAGGUUUUUCGUGGGAACGUACAACGUGAACGGACAGUCUCCCAAAGAAUGCCUCCGACCGUGGCUGAGCCACGGUGCCCAGGCCCCGGACGUGUACUGUGUGGGGUUCCAGGAGCUUGACCUGAGCAAGGAGGCCUUUUUCUUUCAUGACACCCCCAAGGAGGAAGAGUGGUUUAAAGCUGUGUCAGAGAGUCUUCAUCCCGAUGCCAAAUAUGCAAAGGUGAAGCUCAUCCGACUGGUUGGGAUUAUGCUGCUGUUGUACGUCAGACAAGAGCAUGCCGCGUACAUCUCCGAAGUGGACGCUGAGACGGUGGGGACAGGAAUCAUGGGGAGGAUGGGUAACAAAGGCGGCGUGGCGAUCAGGUUCCGGUUCCACAACACCAGCAUCUGCGUGGUGAAUUCUCACCUGGCGGCCCACAUGGAGGAGUAUGAGAGGAGGAACCAAGACUACAAAGACAUUUGUUCGCGAAUGCAGUUUUGUCAGGUGGACCCAGACCUUCCCCCGCUCACCAUCAGCAAGCACGAUGUGAUCUUGUGGCUGGGGGACCUCAACUACAGGAUAGAAGAGCUGGACGUGGAAAAGGUGAAAAAGCUCAUCGAAGCCAAGGACUUCGAGACCCUGUAUGGGUACGAUCAGCUGAGAAAUCAGUUGGCCGCUAAGACCGUCUUUGAAGGCUUCACCGAGGGCACGCUCACAUUCCAGCCCACCUAUAAGUACGACACUGGCUCGGACGACUGGGACACCAGCGAGAAGUGUCGAGCUCCUGCCUGGUGCGACCGAGUCCUCUGGAAAGGGAAGGACGUCACUCAGCUGAGUUACCAGAGCCACAUGGCCCUGAAGACCAGUGACCACAAGCCUGUCAGCUCAGUGUUUGACAUAGGGGUGAAGGUCAUAAAUGAAGAGCUUUACCGGAAGAUUCUAGAAGAAAUCGUUCGUUCCCUGGAUAAGAUGGAAAAUGCUAACAUUCCUUCAGUGUCCCUUUCCAAGCGAGAGUUCUGUUUUCAGAAUGUGAAGUACAUGCAACUGCAAGUUGAAUCCUUUACAAUUCAUAACGGACAAGUACCUUGCCGGUUCGAAUUCAUCCGGAAGCCCGACGACGAGUCUUACUGUAAGCAGUGGCUCAGUGCCAACCCCAGCAAAGGCUUCCUCCUGCCAGAUUCUGACAUUGAGAUUGAAUUGGAGCUCUUUGUAAACAAGACCACAGCUACGAAGCUCAACUCGGGCGAAGACAAAAUUGAGGACAUUCUGGUUUUGCACUUGGAGAGGGGAAAGGACUACUUCCUGCCUGUGUCCGGGAACUAUCUUCCCAGCUGUUUCGGUUCUCCCAUUCAUACGCUGUGCUACAUGAGGGAGCCCAUCUUGGACCUUCCACGGGAAACCGUCAGUAAGCUGACUCUGAUGCCAGUCUGGACUGAAGGUGACAGCAGCCAGCUGGAGAGCCCCCUGGAAAUCCCCAAAGAGCUCUGGAUGAUGGUUGACCAUCUCUACCGAAAUGCUGUCCAGCAGGAAGAUCUGUUUCAGCAGCCAGGACUGAGGUCAGAGUUUGAACAUAUCAGGGACUGCUUGGACACUGGAAUGAUCGAUAACCUCUCUGCUAGCAAUCAUUCUGUAGCCGAAGCCUUGCUCCUUUUCUUGGAGAGCCUGCCAGAGCCUGUUGUGUGCUACAGCGCCUACCGGAGCUGCCUGGAGUGUUCCGGCAACUACAUGGCAAGCAAACAGGUCAUUUCCACUCUCCCUACAUUCUACAAAAAUGUCUUCAACUACUUGAUGGCCUUUUUGCAAGAAUUACUGAAAAAUUCAGCAAAAAAUCAUCUGGAUGAGAAUAUUCUCGCUAGUAUAUUUGGCAGCUUACUGCUUCGAAACCCAGCUGGUCAUCAAAAGCUUGAAAUGGCAGAGAAGAAGAAGGCUCAAGAAUUUAUUCACCAGUUCCUCUGCAAUCCACUCUGAGCCUGUCUUCACCCCUAUUUCACCUGAGGCAGCCAAUUACCAACCCCCCUGUUUCAGAGGAGGAGCUGCCUAAAGUGAUAUGAGGCCCUUUGGAAGAAUGGCAGCCGGCUGCUUCCUGAGUCACGGCUGCCGACCUCCCACCAUUAGUUAGCACACCCAGUGUGCUACUGUGAGAGGUGAAGACAUGGGGGAAACUCCCUAUAAUAAAACUGACAGUCAGUGUUCAACUUUAGCUAUUUAACACAGGUAGAGCUCUAUUUUUUUAAUUAAAAAAAUAUUCAAUAAGUGAACCUGUGCUCAGCCUGCCUCCGGAGCAUAGUCAGUGCCUUCUGAUAGCCUGGGCUAUCUCCCCGUGAUCAGAUAUUUGAACAAACUUUGGAGUCCUGAGCUGGACAGCAAGAAUGCAGAUGGAAGAAUGCUGGAUAAACAGGCGGCAGCCAGCAGCCACCACAUGCUUCUGGUGCUCAGUCUGCAGAUGUGUGCCUGUGCACAUAGACUCUGGCCCGCUUCUGCUCAGAAGUGGGCUGUCACCGAGGUGGCCACUCCGACUCUGCAAGCAAUACAGGGCCUUAACACGGAAAACACUGAAGAAGUCAUGUUCUGGUAAAACCAGUGGGAUUUUCUGGGCCAGCAAAUUCUCCAAACUGUGUGAUGUACCCUUUCACUCAUAUGUAAUAUAUUUUAAUGAUAAAUGUAUUUUUAACAGU